CGAUGGCGAGUCCCAUCCUGGUCUUGCACCCCCAGGUCGCCGGCGACCUACACACGGCUCAGACUAUUCGAAUACACUCUAGCCCACGCCAGCUACCACCCCUGUGCAUAGAAGAGGCUCGACAUGAACCCUGAACGACCAGCAACCUCCAAAGCUCGAGGUAUCUGCAAAUAUUACCUGACUCCCCGGGGGUGCUUUACUGGAAAGAAUUGCAAGUUCCUUCAUGGCGAGCAGGAGAGCUUGACCCCCUAUGACAAGAACAAGACUUGUCGUUUCUAUGUCGCAGGGUUCUGUAAACGCGGGGCAGGUUGUUGGUUUGUCCAUGCGCUGCCGGAAGCGUCAGGCUCUGGAGAGCGAUCCCCUCCUGUGAAGCCCGAAGCAGAGGCGGGGGAUGAUGAUGUUUGCUGCAUCUGCUAUGAAAAGCCUGUGACAUAUGGCCUUCUUGGCGGUUGCAGCCACAUGUUCUGUCUUGAGUGUAUCAAAGGCUGGAGAGAGCGCAAGGGCAAAUCUGAGGGUGUCAUAUGUUCCGGCGUGAUCAAGAUGUGCCCAUUAUGUCGCGCCGCCUCGAAGUUCGUGACGCCGUCUAGCGUCUUCUAUACCCAGAAUGAUCCUCGCAAGACCGCUCUCGUAGAACAGUACAAGUCCAGUAUGGCGCGUGUUCCGUGCAGGUUCUUCGAGCGGUCGCUUCCCAAUAAUCGAUACUGUCCAUUUGGGAAUGAUUGCUUCUAUCAACAUUGUAAUGAAGACGGGACGCCCUACGACUUCCAGAAAGGAGUCGAAUACUACAUGAGGCAGCGGAAAAGAUAUCUAGACGCGAACGGCGCACCGCUGGGGCGACUGCAAGCAACAACAUCUCUUCUGCAAAGUUUACGACACGAGCUCGACAGAAUUCAGACCAGCUUGGAAAGCAUACCAGGGAUUGAUAGCAUUCCCGACGGCGCUCUGGAUGAUGCCGAGGAUAUCCUCACCGAGGCCGACCUUCGCUUGAGUGACGAUAGGUUGCUACCUGUCCCUCCAUCUAUCCGCACAACGUUGGCUGAGAGCGUCAUGUUCAGCACCGCGGCGAGCGAAGAUUUGUCAUCGACGGCGCAGGAACCUUUGUAUCAGGGUGAUCAUCCGACUUCCCAAGAUGAGUCGCUUAACAGUCUCGCCGCCACAGUGCGGACAAUAGUAGAAGAAGUCAACUACUUGAUGGAUGACACCGAGCGGCUCACAUCGCCGAGCUCUCAGCCGUCUCCGACAGAAGAGUUGUACGAGUUGCUUCCUCGGUCGGAAGACGUCCGCCCGAUAUUCGAUCUAACGGCGACCACCGCCGAGGAGGAGGUAGUGCUCGACUAUGGCGUGGAAGAACCCCAUCCUCCUCUUGACCACAGCAUAGACCAAGGGCCACAACCGGCUACUAUUGUUGAAGUGCCAGCAUCCGGGGAAGACGCCUCAGCAUCCGCGCCGACGCCAACACCCGAGCAGGAGCCCCUCGUAGCGGGGCCGCUAGCUUCGAUGCAGGACCCUUUGAGCGAGGCGACGCCUGCAGCGGCGCCGGAAGUUGUGUAUGACAGCGACCCACCAUUCAGAACGGAUGGGCGCGGGCGUGUCGUGUGGAGUAGUGCUACCGUAAGCACGCGAGGCCGCAAACAUACUUCCAUUCCAAGUGGCAUGGUCGCAGCGUCUCUACCUCCGCACCGCGACGUGCCUCGAGAUAUCGCGCCAUCCGCCGAUCACGUCGCCAGCCGCUCACUGGAAGGCAGAGUCGUGUAGACUGCGAGGACAUCACAGAUGCUACUUUCCUGCCACCGUCUUCUACCUGAUGUGCAAUGGAAGUGGCUGUACCUGUCUAACGUGUGUGAUGCUACGAAAAACUACAUCUGACUUGAGAGUGG